UGAUUAGCAAAAAACAAGCAGAAUGGAGCAGGUUAAUAGUUGUGCAUCGGUUCUGUGUCGCUGACAGGUUCUGAGUUAUUUUGAAGGGACACAACUACAGAAAACAUUUUAAACCCUUUCACUUUCGAAUUCUUUGUCACGUACGAGGAAAUUAUCUUUGACGCACUGUCCAAGCACCAUCGUCAUUUUGGACUCAACACCUGAACUAUAAAAUAUUAUCAGAAUACAGUUAAUUCACUUUAAAGCACAAUGGCUCUUUUCGACGUAAGUGGCUUUAAGCCUUAUUCUGAGCUCCGCGGGCAGAUUCUUCCAGCAGGACAGACGCACCUCGUCGACCGAACCAACCACUACGCUUUCGGGACCAAAACUCAAGAAUUUGCCGUACCUCUGGGUGUAGAUCCUUCAGGUUUUCUCAAGUCCUGCAACCGUGACGGAGGUGUGUGCAUAGAGCUGAACCACGGCACGACCACCCUGGCCUUCAAGUUCAGACAUGGAGUCAUCGUGGCUGUGGACUCCAGAGCAUCAGCUGGCCGUUACCUAGCGUCCAACGAUGUCAACAAGGUCAUAGAGAUCAACCCCUACCUGCUGGGCACCAUGUCGGGCAGCGCUGCAGACUGUCAGUACUGGGAGAGACUCCUGGCUAAAGAGUGCAGGCUGUACAGGCUGAGGAACAAUCACAGGAUCUCUGUGGCUGCAGCCUCCAAGCUGCUGUCUAACAUGAUGCUGGGUUACAGAGGCAUGGGGCUGUCCAUGGGAAGCAUGAUCUGUGGAUGGGACAAAGAGGGACCUGGUCUGUAUUAUGUGGACGAUAAUGGGACUCGUCUGUCUGGCCGUAUGUUCUCUACCGGCUGUGGUAACAGUUACGCUUAUGGUGUGGUGGACAGCGGUUACCGGGAAGACAUGACAGUUGAGGAGGCGUAUGAACUGGGCCGUCGGGGCAUCGCUCACGCUACACACAGGGAUGCUUACUCUGGAGGAGUGGUCAACAUGUACCACAUGCAGGAGGAUGGCUGGAUAAAGGUGUGUAAGGAAGAUGUAUCAGAGCUGAUCCACCGCUACAGGAAGGGAAUGUUCUGAGUUUCACCCUUCACGCAGAGAUCAACCUCAGCACUAAGAACUAUUUUAAUAUAUUUGGAAUAUGCUGAAAUAGUUACAUCUGAUUUUAACAAUGAGUCUACUUUGUCUUACCGUGGAGUGUAUAAGGAAGUGUGUGAUGUUCAACAUUCAGUAAAAAGUCAGACAGGUGAUGAAAUGCUGUCUGACACUUUGCAGGGUUAAAUUGUCAUCAUUAACAUCUUUGAUCAUUGUUCUUUCUGUUAUGUAACAUUGGUACUGUACAUGUUGAUACAUGGUUCAGUGUAGUAGUUUGUAUGUUGUGCUAACCAUCCGUCAAAAUAAUCUAAUAAGAACACAAAACCCUAAAUAAAGACUGUUCAACUCA